CGAGCCAAGAUGAACUACGGAUCUGACCUCUUUUCAUCUUCCUCCUACCGUAAGAUUUUCGGGGAGUCUCCCCGUUACUCAUCCUCCCCAUCACGCACGAUGACCGGCAUGUCGUCCCGCAGCGGUUACCGGUCCCACUCCCUAUCCCGGAGCAACAUCUCAUCUCUGGGCUCGUUCAACAAGAGGUCCGGGCGCACCUUCUCUCCCAUGCCUCUGGAAAACUUCGAUCUGACGCAGAGCAGCGUCCUCAACAACGAAUUCAAGAUCAUCCGCACCAAUGAGAAGGAGCAAAUGCAGGGUCUCAAUGACCGCUUUGCGAUGUUCAUCGAGAAAGUGCGUAACCUGGAGCAGCAGAACAAGGUGCUGGAAACGGAACUGGUCACUCUGCGCCAGCGGCAGACGGAGCCCUCCCGCCUGGCCGAGCUCUAUCAGCAGGAGAUCCGCGAACUCCGUUCCCAGCUGGAGGAGGUCAACGGAGAGAAGUCGCAGAUGAUGAUCGAACGCGACAACAUCGAUGACGACCUGCAGAAGCUCAGGGGCAAAUACGAUGAGGAGUUCCGUGCUCGGGAGGAGGCGGAGGCCACCCUGAAAGCGUUCAAGAAGGACGUGGACGACGCCACCAUGGUGCGCUUGGACUUGGAGAAGAAGGUGGAAUCCCUCCUGGAUGAGAUCCAGUUCUUGCGGAAGGUACACGAGGAAGAGGUGGUCGAGCUGAUGGACAUGAUCCAGGCCGCCCAGGUGUCGGUGGAGAUGGAGGUGUCCAAGCCAGAUCUCACUUCUGCCCUCAAAGAGAUCCGAGGUCAAUACGAGUCCAUGGCAUCCAAGAACCUGCAGUCGGCCGAGGAGUGGUACAAGUCCAAGUUCGCAGAUCUGACCGAGCAAGCCGGUCGUAGCAAUGAGGCCAUGCGGGCCAGCCGGGAGGAGCUCAACGAGUUCAGGAGGCAGCUGCAGUCCAAGACGAUUGAAAUCGAGAGUCUGAGAGGAACCAACGAGUCCCUGGAGAGGCAAAUCCGGGAGAUGGAGGACAGGCACAAUGUGGAGAUUGGAAGCUACCAGGACAACAUGGCGCAGCUGGAGAACGAGCUGAGGACCACCAAGAGUGAGAUGGCCCGUCACCUGAGGGAGUAUCAAGAUCUCCUGAACGUAAAGAUGGCGCUGGACAUCGAAAUUGCGGCUUACAGGAAACUGCUGGAAGGGGAGGAGACUCGCAUCAGCACAGGGAUUGCCUACCCUAGCCCCAACAUAAGCUCCAGUGGUGGGCAGAGCUAUAGCUACCAGACCCGUAUCUAUACCGGCACUGGAAAGGGCUCCAAGAAGGAGGGCAAAGAUGAGGAGCUGCAGCCACAGAGUAAGUCUGGAGUCAAGGUCUCCCAGCGUGAGAUGUACGAGGAGACAGUGGUCACCAACAAGAAGAUGGAGAAGCAGCAAGAGCCCAGUGAUAUCCCUACCAACCAGAAAAACUAA